AUGGCUAAAAGAAUUGCAAAGAAAAUGUUAGUCGGUGAUGCUAGUGAAGAGUAUAGCAGGGUGUGGGAUUAUGCGGAAGCAAUAAGGAGGUAUAACCCUGGAAGCACUGCAAUCGUCAAAUGCAUCGGAAUAGAGACACCUCCACCCUUGUUUCAAAGGAUGUAUAUAUGUUUGCCAGCAUGUAAGGAGGGUUUUGUUGCUGGCUGUAGGCCUAUUAUAUGUGUUGAUGGGGCGCAUUUGAAGGGACAAUUUCCUGGGAUUUUGCUUACCGCUGUAGGUAAAGAUGGGAACAAUAACAUCUUCCCUGUUGCAUGGGCUGUCGUCGAAACAGAAAACGUAGAAACUUGGACUUGGUUUCUAAAUCUCCUUGUCGAAGACCUAAAGUCGGUUAGUUCAUCAAGUAGUUGGGUGCAAGCAGGAUGUGAAGAUUUUACCUUCAUGAGCGAUAGGCAAAAGGGUUUGAUUGAAGCUUUAAACGCAGUGAUUCCUGAAGCCGAAAUUAGGUUCUGCUGUAGGCAUAUAUGGGCUAACUUUAAGAUUAAGUUCCCUGGAGAGUUGUACAAGCAUCACUUUUGGAAAGCAGCAAGAGCUUACAACAAGUUUGAUUUUGAUAGAGAAAUGAAUCAAAUAAAGAAUAUUUCUGUUCAAGCAUAUGAAUAUCUAGCUGCUAUUCCUGCUAAACACUGGUCUAGGCAUGCUUUUCCUAUUAGGAGUAAGUCUGGGAUGUUGUUAAAUAAUUGUUGUGAGUCAUUUAAUAAUGUGUUAGUAGAAGCUAGGGGAAAGCCCAUCAUUUCUCUUAUGGAGUGGAUUAGGAGAUAUGUGAUGCAACGGAGUGCAGCCAAAAGAGAAGGAUUGGGUAACUUUAGAGGUGUGUUAAUGCCAACAAUCUCCAAAAUGAUUGAAAAAAAUUCAAAGGAAAUAUAUGGUUUGAGAGUAAUCCCAGUGGAUGUGUCUGAGUUUGAGGUGGACGAUGAUGAAAAAAGUUACGUUGUGAAUUUGACCAAUAAGACAUGCCUCUGUGGAAGUUGGAAUCUUCUUGGGAUCCCUUGCAAACAUGCCAUGGCUUGUAUUUGUAUUAGAAAAUUGGAUGCUACUGAAUUUGUCCAUCAAGCGUAUCUUGUAGAAACGUAUGCAAAGACGUAUGCUCCGAAGUUUUAUGGUAUGCCAGGACGCGAAAUGUGGCCGACAACCACUUUAGCAAAACCUCUUCCUCCACCAUUUCGAAAGAUGCCUGGAAGGCCUAAAAUGAAGAAAAGAAAAAAGGAAAACGAUGAAGGUAAAGGAGGUAACAAUCCUGUAAAUGUUGUUCGAGAAUUCAAGCAACGAAGAUGUGGUAAUUGCGGUAACUUAGGCCACAACAAAAGAAAAUGCAAGAAUCCAGCAAAAUCAAAUCCAACUGGGGGAAAUUCAAAGGGUGGAAGGCCUAAAAUGGGAAAUCCUUGCACCAGCAGUCAACAAACGCAAACCGGAACAGCAACAUCCACUUCAUGUAUAGUGGAUCAACAAAGUCAAAUAUAG